ACUUGUCUUUUCUAAGAAUAUCAUUGAGCGUUUUCCAGCAACUUUAAUACAGGAACCAACUGCAUUUACAUCAACUGAUGCAAUGGAGUUAUACAAUAACAUUUUAGUUUUUAUAGUAUCUGGAGGGAGUGGUUCGCGAUCAGAAAUGCAUAUAUUUCAGUCACAAAGCAUAUCUGCUGUUCAUCUUGUUGAGGACUUACAAAAUCUUCGAAAUGGUCAAUUGAUUCCACAACAACGAGUUACAACUAAUCAAUCUCAGCAGAAACAAAUCGACUUGUUUGAUAUGAAUAAAAUAAUAUCGUCAUCUGAACAAGCAGAUUCUCGAGAUAUCAGUCACCAUUCCAUGUCUCGUCAUAACGAAGAUCAUUAUGAAAAUAAUAUUAUUACAGAAGAUGUGGGAAUCGUAGCAAGCGGCGACACAGAUUCUGAUCAAGGUGGUUUUUUUAACGAAGAAAACAGUUCUAUAGCAAGCGAUAAGUAUGAAAGGGAUGUAACAGUACUCAAUCAUUGUUUUGACGAUAUAGAAAAAUUCAUUGCACGAUUACAACAUGCUGCAGCUGCAUCUCGUGAACUAGAACGUCGUCGACGAAAUAGGAAAACUAAAAAAAAGGAUCCAGGUGAAGGGCUUUUAACUCUUCGUACACGCCCUCCACAUGAGAAGGAAUUUAUUGACAUAUUUGCAAAGUUUAAACUUUCAUUUAACUUAUUAGCUAAACUUAAAUCGCACAUACAUGAUCCAAAUGCACCGGAAUUGGUUCACUUUCUUUUUACACCAUUAGCCUUAAUUGUGGAAGCAUCAAGUGAUACUUAUGAUUCUCAGUUAGCUGGGCGAGUAAUUAAUCCGUUACUUACUCGUGAAGCUGUUAAUUUGCUUAUAAACUGUGUAACUAGUAAAGAAACUGAAUUAUGGCGUUCUUUAGGCGACUCUUGGAGUAUUCCUCGUGACCAAUGGAAGGAAAAUAUUAGUUCUUAUCAUCCUGUUUUCCUUGAUGGAUGGUCACCUGAUUACCUAGUUAUUGAUGAGUUGGAACCUGGUACAGCACCAUCUAUAAUAAAGCAUAACAUUAAUGUACCAGUAAUUGGUGCUGAUAGUAUGUCUAGUAAUGGUCAUAGCAAUAACUUAGUUACUGGUGUAACUUAUGAUAAUCGCGUUGGCAAUAACACAAACAAUUUUUAUAAUUUAUUUAAAGUAAAUAAAUCAGAUAACGUCGAUCAUAUAACAACUUUAGGCAGCUUGAAUUAUAAUACAAAAAAUGAUAGUCCCGCAGAUAUUGUUAAACGCACUGAGAAUCAUGGCAAAAUUUCCUCAGUUCAAACAAUUACUGGAGAUUUACAAAAUAUAAAUGUACGUGAUCAAAAAACUAAAGAAAACAAUUUUAAUGCUGGAAGCUCUGUUAUUAAAGGAAUUUCAAAACAAAAUAUAAUUUCGGCUCAUACUGAAGCAGCUAAUACUAAUGAUGUAUAUGACCAACAACUAGGAAUAUGGCUUGAAGAUUUACAAUUAUCACGUGCUAAAAUAGUUCUAGUAACUUAUCCCCGUACAGCGAACAAUGACAAAGAAUUAAGUGUUGUUCGUGGUGAGUAUUUAGAGAUACUUGAUGAUACUAGAAAGUGGUGGAAAGCGCGAAAUAUACACGGUCAAAUUGCACAUGUACCUCAUACUAUUGUGACACCCUACAACUAUGGUGAAGUCGAAGUCGGUAAUCAGCAAAUAGUGACCAAAUCCCCUUUUAGCGACACCUUAGAAAACGAAAGUGAAGAUGUUUCAAAUAAUACAAGCUGGAAUCAUAAUAAACAUUUGGGCAAAAAAGGAGAAUUUAGAUAUUUUUAGUAGUUUUGAUUUUUACGUUGGUUUUCUUAAUAUAAUGUAUUAAAAAAAUUUUGUUAUGAAAACGUAUAUAACUUAAUAAGACAUAAAAAAACUUAUGAAAAGUUGUUUAAGAACUUUUAAAAAAAUAAUAAUCACAAAUACCAUAUUUAAUCAAUUUGAUUGAUUUACUUAGUUAUACAUUUAGAACUUAUUAUUAACUUAUUAUUAACUUAUAAAUCAAACCUGAAAGCAUAUUAUUACCGGAAUGAAAACCAGAGCUUGCUUUUUUAUUUCGAGCUUAUUUCAACAUCAUAUAGUCGGUGCAUUAUGUUGACUUUGCUUUUUUAAAAUGAAAACGAAUAAAUUAAUUUGUCAUAAUAAAGAAGCUAAUUUAUAAUGUAAAUAGAUGAAAAUGUUCACGCUGAACUAAACCGAAAACGAAAAAAAAUUAUAUAUAUUUUUAU